AUGCACAAGCCCGCGAGGACUCAUUUGGUUGCUGUCAAACAGAUUCUUCGUUAUUUGAAGUCUACCUCUGAUGAUGGCCUUGUAUAUAAGCCUAGUUCGUUAAGUCUUACUGCAUAUGCUGAUGCUGAUUAUGCCGGUGAUCCUGAUGAUCGUCACUCUACUGGAGGUGCAAUCUCUCUUACUUCUAAUCCGAUAUUUCAGUCCCACACUCGUCAUAUUGAGGUUGAUUAUCACUGUGUUCGGGAGAAAGUUAUUCACAAGGAGCUCGAGGUUGAUUACAUUUCCUCUAAGGAUCAGCUUGCUGAUCUUCUCACCAAGGUUCCACUCUUCGGUUUCGUUACUUACUCUCCAAGCUUCCCCUUUUGUUGUCGCCCGCUCAGCUUGCGGGGCAUGAUGAACCUAAUCCAGACUUGA